AUGAAAUAUUUCAUUUUGACAUUAUUUGUUUUGAAUGCAUUUAGCUUCUCUUUGAACGAUGAUUGGGACGGUAUGGAAGAAGCAGUCAAAGUUCAAUAAGACGCGGUCUUGGUAUAGAGAAUAAUUAAAUAGGAUCUAGUAGACUAGUUAGACUUAUAUUCAGAAACUCCGAUCACAACUUAGAUAGAGAAUCAAGUAUAGCAAUUAAUGAAUCCUCCCCUUGAAGCUGAUUAGGCAGAAAAGGAGAACGAAUAGAGUGAGGAAGUACACUCUCUGGAAUACUGGUUGGAGAGAUUGGGAGAUGAAUAUUAAGACGAAACUAUAUUGUUAUAGCAACCAUAAUCAAUUACAGAAUAAAUCACAACAGUUGUUGGCAAUUUGGUUCUAAAAGUAGGAGAUGCUAAUCAAUUAAAGCUAAUUGCUGAAUAAGCUGAAAUUGCAGAUCCCUUGAUUAUAGAUGGAAUUGAAUUGGAAUAUUAGGAUAAGAAUGGUAACGAGAAUGUUUAGAUGCAGUAACUCUUAAACUCAGCUUUGGAAAUGCAGAAAUCAUUGAGUUAAGAAGAUGAAAAACAAUAAAAUGAUCUAAAUUCAAAUUCCAAGAAGAAACAUAAGAAGAAGAGACCGAUCAUCGAUAUUGAUUUGAAUGAUAUAACUAUGUCAGAAGACGAUGAUUAAAAUGAAAUAGAAAAGACAAUAGUGUAAGAAAAUGACACUUCUGAAAAUACUAUUGAAGUCCAAAUUGAUUCCAAUAAUGAAGAACCAUCAACUGAGACUAUGUCUAAGUUUACUCCAAAUGAAGAAACAAUUAGUGAAGUUCAGGAUAAUAGUAGAAUGUAUAAUUUCUUGAAUGAUGUUCAUGAAGAUGCUGGAAAUGAGGAUAAUUAAGUUAAAUAAUAGCCUUAAAAGUCGUAUAAUUUCAAAGAAUAUUCUUUUAACAAAUUUGAAGGAGAUUAGAGAUCUUUUUAUAAUGAUAAUGAUGAUUCUACAUUAAAAGUAGUAGAAAGAGAAUAACCAAAAGAAAUUAUUAAUAAUAAUAAUAAUAAUAAUAAUAAUAAUAAUAGUAAUAAUAAUUAAAAUAACAAUAACAAUAAUAAUUACAAUAAUGAUAAUAAUAAUUACAAUAACAAUAACAAUAACAAUAAUAAUAAUGAUAAUAAUAAUAAUAAUAAUAAUAAUAAUGGAUUAUAAUUUUAAGAAGAAAAUAAAUCAUAUAAAUUCAUCAAUAAAGAAUAGUCAGAAUAAAAUUAGGGUUAAUAAUCUACAUUAAAUAAUCAGGAGUAACCACAAGAAACUUCAAUUCUUAAAAAAUAUUUAUUAUACACAGAUCAACCAGAAGUGAUAUCCACAGGAACUACUGAAAAAGAGAUUGAAGAUGAUAAAAAAUUAGUUGCUGCCUUUAAAUCUAUGGAUAGAGAUGAGCAUUGGGAAAAAACAAAUAAAAAGCAAAAAAUAAAUACAGAUGUUAGAAAUGAACUAUUGAGAUGUAUUCAUUAUAAUAAUAAUCUAUUAGUUACCAAAGUUGAUGAGGAACCACAAAAGAAGGAACCUGAAUUUAAAGAGGUUACAGAAAGCAAAGUGGAAAACCCCCAUAAAUUCAUUUCAUUUAAAGCUGAUCCUCAGUAUGAGUAGGCUGAGAAUGCAAAGAAAAAAGAAUUGGCUAAAUCUAAAUAUGAUGAACUACCAGAAACUAAACUCUAAUCCAAAGAAGACAUGAAGAGAGAGAAAUAAUAAAAAAUACGUAUCAAUAUAAAUUCAAUACUUAGAGGAAAUGCAGAAAAUUAUUGAAGAAUAAUUGAAGAACAAGACUUUAAAAAAGAAGUCGGAAACUGACAAGUCUUUACAAUAUGAAAGUGAAUAUUUGCAAUGGGAAAGAGCUACAUAAGCUAAAUCAUACCCUGCUGAAAUCAAUUUUGUCAUGACGUAAAAUAAUUUAAGAAAAAGAUAAUGAUUAAAAAACUAUAGCAUAAA